AGUUAGCAGUUGUUGUGACUGUGGAAAUGUCUGGACGUGGAAAAGGCGGCGCUGGCAAAGCUCGGUCCAAGGCCAAAUCUCGCUCGUCCCGGGCUGGACUACAGUUCCCUGUCGGCCGGGUUCACAGACUCCUAAGAAAGGGCAACUAUGCUGAGCGGGUGGGUGCCGGAGCCCCGGUCUAUCUGGCUGCUGUGCUCGAGUAUCUGACGGCCGAAAUCCUCGAAUUGGCGGGCAACGCGGCCCGGGACAAUAAGAAGACCCGCAUCAUCCCCCGACACCUGCAGCUGGCCGUCCGUAACGACGAGGAGCUGAACAAGCUGCUGGGAGGGGUGACUAUCGCUCAGGGCGGUGUGUUACCCAACAUCCAGGCCGUACUGUUGCCCAAGAAAACCGGCGCUGCCAAUGUCCUGGGUACUAUCAGCAGCUUCUUUCCGUCCUGUGCAGUAGUCCCUCCAUACCAGACAGAGAUGCAGCCUGUCAGAAUGCUCUCCGCGGUCCGGCUAUGGAGUCUACAAAGGCACAUUUACCCUGUGAAACUGACGGUAUCAAUUGAAAAAAAAACUCGUCCUCCAAGGCCUCUGAAUAUAAAUGAACAGUUUGCGAAAGCAACGGUCAGUUUGGUCAGAUCUCCCGAGAGGCUCCCUGUGUGAGGUCGUCAGAGAUCAGACUUUGGUUUGUGCAGGGUGGAUGGAUCGAGUUCUUCAGCACCGUAGUACCAGUCACUUCUCUACAAAUUCCUGAGUCUGUCUAAUACUUCCCUGAAUACCCCUGUGCUCUCUGCCUCUGCCACCACACCUGACAGUGCAAUCCAAAUCCCCACCACUGCUGUCUUCACAUUCUUCCUCCGAUCUUAAAUACAUGUUUUCUUCUAGAAGACAUUUCACCCCUGCGAAAAAUAUUAGACUGUCCUUGUAAAUGUCACCUCUGGAGCAGAAGAGGUUCCAAUGAUCCAGAAUCCUGAAAAACUUUCCCUGCACCAGCUUCUCAGUCACUCACCAGCACUCCAGCCUUCCCAGUCAACAUGAUGUAAUUUGUAAUGUCCCUCUAUUACAACCCUAUUGAGUCCUCUAUUCCUGCUGACUGUUUGAUGUCCUAUAAUACAAUCCAUGAGAGCAUUCAUUCCCUUGUGCUCUCUGCCUCUGCCACCACCCCUGACAGUGCAUUCCGUCCCCAUUUCUCUCUUUCCUUCACUUUCUUCCUCUGACCUUAAACACAUGCCUUCUAGUAGAAGACAUUUCACUCCUGUGAAAAAUAUUACUGGCUGUCUACACUAACUAUGACAAGCAGAUUUUUAUAAUCUUCUAUAAAAUUUCUUCUGAGCCAAUGACAUCAGAUGAAAAGGUUCCAGCAUGUCCACCCUCUCCUCACCACACACCUCCUCCUGACAUCCUGGUAAACCCCCUCUGCCCCUGCUCCUGAACCUCCACAUGCUUCCACAUACAGUGUUCAGUACACUGUACUCUCACUGUGGCCUAGCCAGCAUUUUGUAAACCUGUAACAUUAUAUCCUGGUGUUUGAACUCAAUGCCUUGUCUGAUGAAGGCAAACAUGCCAUACACCGACUUUUCCUCCCUGUCAACCUGUGCUCACAGUCAAUAUCAACAUCCCUCUCUUUGCCAAUACUAUUCAUGUUCCUACCAUUAACUGUGUAACCACCCUUAAUGUUGGAUCUCCCAAAGUGCACCCCUGGGUAUCCUUUUCAGCAGAAUGAAUGUCAGAAUGCAAUGGGAUUAUCAUUAAUUCUACUCGCCAGAGAUUUUUCUUCGUUGUUUCUAGCUCUCUAAAUGUUCUUGAAUUCCCUUCUGUUUUCUAAAUAUAGUCCUCAAACACCCUGGUUGAUUCCAGCUUCCUAAGCCUUACAUAUGCUUCUCACUGUUCAUUGACAAAAUGUGCUUCCUCUCUCAUCAUCCAAGGUUCCUGAACCUUGUCAUCCUUGACCCUCCCUCUUACUGGAACAAACUGGCCCUGAAACACUGUGCAGCUGAUCUUUAAACAAACUCAUGUCAGAUGUGUAUUUGUCUCAAAAUCAAUCCUUACGGUGUUAAGCAUUAAAUUUAGCUUCAAUCUCUCCAUUCAGUGACUGGUGUUAUGGUUCACAUCCCCGUCAAUCUAAU